AUGGCAGCCGAAGCGGCCACCGCUGAGGUCACAGCUGCCGCCACAGCGGCCACCGCUGAGAUCACUGCAACAGCCACCGCCACAGCAGCCACCGCCGCAGCAGCCACUGGCGCAGCAGCCACCGGCGCAGCAGCCACCGCCGCAGCAGCCACCGGCGCAGCAGCCCCCGCCGCAGCAGGGGACGGGAGGUACAAAUACCCGCCGGAAGCGCGGGGCGCGCAAAAGGACGGACCAAGGGACGGACGGACGAAUUUCGUAUCGAUAUCCGAAUCAACCGCCACAAUGGCAGCCGAAGCGGCCACCGCUGAGGUCACAGCUGCCGCCACAGCGGCCACCGCUGAGAUCACUGCAACAGCCACCGCCGCAGCAGCCACUGGCGCAGCAGCCACCGCCGCAGCAGUCACAGGCGCAGCAGCCACCGGUGUAGCAGCCACCGGCGCAGCAGCCCUCGCCGCAGCAGGGGACGGGAGGUACAAAUACCCGCCGGAAGCGCGCGGCGCGCAAAAGGACGGACCAAGGGACGGACGGACGAAUUUCGUAUCGAUAUCCGAAUCAACCGCCACAAUGGCAGCCGCAGCGGCCACCGCUGAGGUCGCAGCUGCCGCCACAGCGGCCAUCGCUGAGGUCACUGCAGCAGCCACCGCCGCAGCAGCCACCGGCGCAGCAGCCACCGCCGCAGCAACCACCGGCGCAGCAGCUACCGGCGCAGCAGCCAGUGCGUGGCGUGGACUUUAA